UUUGUGCUUUGUUUUUGCAGAGUACGGCUUUAGCUGCAUUGAUCCUAAGAAGUUGGGCAUUUCUUUGGAUUUGAAGACUAUUCACGACCCGGCUCCCGAGUACAAGUUCGGAAAAGAUAACCCUCGUAAUCCUCGUCUGAAGGAUUACGUGUUGUCUCCUUCGGGGGUUGCUCGGAUAUCCGAAGUUCGAGCUGAUCCGUGGGAUUCCGCCUCUUCUGUUGAAGCUGUUCCUGUGAAGGUUGUGCUUCCUGAGUUGAAGACAACUUCGGACCCGGAUCAACGCAAAAGGAAGGGUAGCACUCUUUUGAGGCCGUCCACGCAUCCGAAGAAAGCGAAGGCUUCUCAGCCCUCGGAGAAGGAAGCGGUUUCGGAAGUCAUGCCUCCUCCUAAGAAUCUUCUUCACUUCAUGCCCUUGCCAGGGCAGAAGUUAAAGAGUGUGGUGGUUGCUGAACCGCCGCCCGUGGAUCAGCCGCUGAUCGAGGAAGAUAUCAUCCCUUCUCCCCUUAAACCAUCUGCUGCUUUGGGGAUCGAAAUCCAGGAUAUCACCGAGGUGAUGGAGGCGAUUGAAGCCGAUUUUGUUCCUGGUUCGGAUGUCCCUGAGGUAGCUGGGGAGAAGAAGGAGUCUGCUGAUCUUCCCUUCGAGAGGGAGAAGAGUCCAGACAAGGAGAUGAUAGAUCUCUCGGGCCCCGAAGCUGCGGUCCCCGAGGUUCAGAAGGAGGUUCCCUCUGCUGGAGAGGAGGAGCAGCCCGAGCAAGGUUUGACGAGGAAGAGGCGCCACUCAACUUUGGGUUCUACUUCUACCUCGGCCCUGGAUAGGCUGAUCCAUGCUGAUCCCUGUUCGGAUGUUCCGCUAAAACGGAUCCCCGAAGAAGUAAGGGAGGCGAUGGCUCGAUAUGCCAGGGCUCCGAUUUUGGGAGAGGACCCCUUGGCUCACGUGGGAUCCUUGGUGGGCCCCGAGGCUGCUCGGGAGAAUCUGCUUCGUGCUAACCCGCAGUGGAGGGUUCCUGGUGCCGAAGAGAGGAAUCCGGCUAUGAUGGCCCAGUACUAUCUGAACGAGGUAAUUUGCUAGAUUUUUCUCUUUGAGUUGUGUUUUCG